CGAACUUUUGCCAAUUCCCCAUCAUGGCCAAGUCUGCUCGUUCCAAGACCGUUCGCAGAAACAGAAAAGCUCUUCGUGAACAUGUAUUUCAACCUGUAGUUGAUGAAAGAACAAAGAGACUUUCUGCCCACCUUCAAGAUCAAGUGAAUGACUUGACUAAGUCUCCUGCCAAUCGCGAUGAAAAGAUUGCGGACAAGGCUGUAGAAGAAAUUGCUUCUGAGGCUCCUGCAGGUGGCUCUAUGGAUGUCGAUCAGCCUAAAGUGUCCACCUCUGGUCCUCGUGACAACAACAGAAAUCGUUGGGCCCAGAAGCAUUUGAAGAAAGGAAAGCGUCAAAAGCAAAAUUCAUUCGCAAAGUUCAUGAAGAAAAAAUAAUGGCUAUCAUGCUAUAUAAAUAUUACUUAUUUCUAAUUUUUUCUAUAUCAUUCCUAUCCAUGUGAGCAUUCAGACAAUAUAUGUCGUUUUUUGUCAUAUAAUCGGUAUUUUUGUUGCUGCUCAUAUUCUUGUCUCGGUUUUGUCUGGGUUUCUAUUUAGUUUGUAUACACUGGGUUUAUUUAGGUGGUAAUAAUGAAUGAUGGUUUUGUGCGUUUGCAAAUUGAAUGUCCAUGCUACAUACAUAGACGAAGAA